AUGGCUUAUGGGUACGUCCACAUGGUUUUAUACUACUUGGGCAAUUACGGCAGUGACAUAAUUCAACAUCUGAAGGAGUCACUUUCUCAAACUCUGGUCACAAUCUAUCCAUUAGUUGGAAUUAUCAGAGAUGCCCUAUCUGCAGAUUGUAACGACCAAGGCCUUCCAUUCUCCGUCGCCAAAGUGAAGGUCCGAAUGAGCGAUUUUCUGCAAAACCCUAAUGUUGAAUUGAUGAACAAGCUCUUUCCUAGAGCGAAGAAAAUGCAAGGUUCAGGUGAUAGCAUAAUACUGAUUCAGUUGAGCUGUUUCGACUGUGGCAGCAUAGCCAUGCACAUCCAGUUUCAUCAUCUAAUUGCAGACAUGUAUACCAAACCUAACAAUUUCAUCAAAUACUUUAGCCUCGAAAAGUUUGUGUUGACAAGGUACGAUUUCGAUGCCUCUGCCCUAUCCAUUCUUAAGGCCCAAACAAGUAGCUUUAGCGUCUCGCAAUUGAAUGUGGUGACCGCUGUGAUAUGGCAAAGCUUCAUGGAGGCUGUGACGGAAGAGUCCGCCGGGAAGGACGUGAAACUUGUUUUGAUAGGUCAAGCGGUCAAUCUACGGAGAAAGGCGACACCCCCGUUCCCAGAUGAUAGUUUUGGUAAUAUAGCAUGGUCUACCAAGAGUUUGUGGAUCAACCCUAAAGAAAAGGAGUUGACGGAGUUGUUGAGGGAGGUGAAAAAAGGGAUAGCAAAAAUAGAUGGUGAGUUUGUAAGCCGAUUGAGGAGCGAUGGUGUGUAUGAUUUUUUGGAGGAAUUAUGGAAUGAGAUGCCUCAAGAAGCUACUUCGCUUGGUUUUACCAGUUGGACAAAAAUUGGUCUUUCCGAGGUUGAUUUUGGCUGGGGAAAACCUGUGUGGAUGUCAACCUGCAUUCUGCAAUCCUUUGAACCUGUGAAAGAAGGAAAUAAUGUGAACUUAUUGGAUUCAAAAUCCGGAGGAAUAGAAGCAUGGACGAUUCAUGAUGAAAAAUAUGUCGCAUGA